UAUCAUUUUUUAUAUUAUAUGUACUUACCAAAUUUCAACCUAAAUUAUGAAUAGUCACUACCUUCUCACUUUUGCAGUCAUUGAAACCCAUGUACCAAAAUUUUUUAGUUGCAUAAUUAGGUACCUUACCUUGUAAGGAAAAGCAAGGUUGUUAUGCACACAGCACCUGCUUUAUUUUUCCAUGCCUAUCACCUUUUUCUAGGUUAACAAAACAUUACAUUUCGUCACAAGCCUAUUUAUUUAGUGAAUUUGUUUCCAUAUGGUGAAAGCUUACCUAAUAGAAAAGGGGGGAUACUUUACAAAAUUUUCAUUUAUAAAUAAAAAAGAACUCUGGCAAAUCAUCCAUUCAGUGUUUAUCUCUCUUUAGAGGAACAUUGAGUGAAAAUGGAAGUGUUGUGGGUGUCGUUAAUAAUAAGCAUGUUGUGUUCGCGUAGCAGUGCGAUUAAUAUGAAAAAAGAUAAUAAUUCGAUUAUUGGUGACUUUUACUUGCUAGACAAAGAAAUGCAGCUGGAAAUUUGCAAUAUAAUCAAAGAAUCUAACACGAGUGCACAGUUGACUUCACAGGAUCAAGUUCAAAUAAAGCGAGACUUCUGUGACCAUUUGGAAUCUCUUAAUAGACCAGAAGUAGAACAGAACCUAUUGCUGAUGGAUGAUGAAAGGUCAUCAACAUCUAUCAGUGUCCGUCAGGAACCUGCACCUGAAUCCACAACACCUUCAUCUUCAAUUACAGAAAUUCUACCAAUAGAUACUACUUUACCUGAUCAAUCAAACUCGGAUCAAGAAUGUUCUUCAGCUUUGUGCACCACAAUGGAAAAUGAUAUCCCGCCUUCUAAAGUGGCAAGUCCUACAACUGAUCUAGAGAAUGUCAGUUUUCUAGAUGAAAACAUCACAUCAUCAUCUAUGUUCUUUCUUGAGGCACAAACCACAGAAUUGAUUGCAUCAUCAGCAACAGAACUAAGCAUGAUAUCUUCAAAUUGGACAGACCAAAGUUCAACUGAACUGCCAUCAGUUUUGAAUACAAAAGGAUUCAUUAUGAAUUCAAAUACUCCCAUGGGACCUGAUCUUAAUUAUGGUGAUCUGGAAUUAAAUGCAUUGGAUUCCUUAGAGACAUCUGGGAUAGAUGGAAGUAAUGAUGGAAAUGAAGGCACUGAAGUAGUAAGUCCUAACUUUGGCAGUGAUUAUGACAUUAUGUCUCCUAUAAUGGCAACCAAAGUCAUUUUCAAUCGUCCCUGUGUAAAAUGCUCAUUUAGAAAAAAUGAUGAGACCACUCAGAAUUCAAGCUCUUCUCUCAUCAGCGUGCCUCAUUCACAGAUUCAAAUGAUUGACGAAUUUUCAUCAGAAUUCCAGUCUAACUCUGAUUCUGUUGGAAAAAAUAAUCUGACAUUGGAUGAAACUAUUCUUGGGAUGAAUUACACAAUCACAGAUAUAAAUCAUCUUAAUGACACAAUCAAAGAUGGAAAUCAUCUUACAUCUCUUGAAAAUAACUUCCGGGUGAAUGAUACAAUUAAAGCUAAAGAAACAAUCAGAGGUUUCCUUCAAGAAAUUCAUGUACUUCCUCCAAACAUAAAGGAUGCCUUCCCAAAAUCCAGCACUUCAGCAACAUAUUCCAAGAGUAAACCCUCGUCCAGUUACAAGCCACUUCAACUAACACCCAGUCCUUCUUUAUCCAGUGAACUUGAAUCACUUCAUGAUUUUGCCUUAAGAGGAUCCAACACAUCUGAAAGUUCUGAAAUCACCUACAACACACCAUCUUCAAUUACUAAUGAUUUCUCACUUGGUUCAGCAUUUCCUACUGUCAAAUCCUCACGCCAGUAUUUCUUGAGAUCAUCUGUAACCACAACAUAUGACCCACUCAGUGUCACCAAAUCCCAGAUCCAUGUCUGUGGAUCACCUAAAUCACAUUCAUACCCAUCCAUACAUAGCACUACCUACCCAAAUUCCUCAACAAGACCAUCUUGUAACCCUCUCAAAUUAAUUGUUGAUCCAAAACUGCCAAGAGCCAGUCGCCGUCGCACAAAGAUCCUUUCAUCUUUAGGAAAUCUUCACAGCUAUGCAGGGUUUUUCAAGACUGAUCAGCGAAAUAAUGUGAGAUUGUUCUUCUGGUUCUUUUGCAAUCGUAAAUGGAAGAAUAUCCCUUUGAUUGUUUGGCUUCAAGGAGAACCAGGUCAUAGUUCUCUGCACGGAUUAUUCCAAGAACAUGGACCGUAUUACCUAGAACAUACAAUGGAGGGUGUCAAUAUGAAGUUGAGACAAUUUUCAUGGACCAAAGAGUACAGUGUGUUGUAUUUAGAUCAUUGCGUUGGAUGUGGUUUCAGCUCAGCUAAUGAAAAUUCAGCUUCUACACAUAGCUAUGUCAACAUAGCCAACAACAUUUAUGAAGCAUUAUCCCAGUUCUUCAGAAUAUGGUAUGAGAUGCUACCCAAUGAUUUAUAUUUGGCUGGAUCUUACGCUGGUGCCAAGUUUAUACCUGUGAUUGCUCAUACUAUCCAUACCAGAAAUGAAAUUGGUUUCUGCACUAGACGAAUGAAUCUCAAGGGUUUAAUAAUUGGUGGGCCUUAUAUGGAUUCUACUACAAUGGUUAAUUACAAUGAUUUUCUUCUAGCAAAUGGCAUCAUUGAUGAAGUAAACCACAAAAAUAUGAUACCAAACCAGUACCAUGCCCAAGAACUUAUACGAGCUGGCAAAUACCGUGAUGCCAUUGACUUUUUGAAUUUUCAUGUGUAUUGUCUUAUUUCUGAAGCUGGAUAUGAAAUCUACAAAGACGUGAGGUUCUUGAGGGACGAUCCAUAUAGUGAUAUGCAAAAUGUAGUAAGAUCUGCACAAUUUAAGAAGAUGAUUUGCCUCGAUAAAAUGAAUUUUGAAAUAAAGUCUGAUGUGCUAACCGAAGAAAUUAUGCCUCCAAUGGAUAACCUACUCAUACCUGGAUUAUUAUCUCACUACAAAAUACUGUAUUACAAUGGUCAGUUUGAUUUGAUGGCACCCUACAUGCUGACAUCAAAGGCAUUAUCCGAAUUGGAAUGGGAGUCGGUUGAUGAAUUUUUCAUGACUGGAAUGGUGAAGUGGUGUCCCACAAAAGACAGAAAUUCGUGCCCAAAAGGAUAUUAUAGAAAUUAUCAAAAUUUAACUCAUGUAAUGGUAAGAAAUGCAGGACAUUCUGUGGGAGCAACGAAUUCGGAAGAUUUAUUCUAUUUAUUGAAGUGGUUCGUUGAAGGUAAAUUUCAAAGAUACGGUGAUAACGAUGAUGAGUGGCAUGAAAACUUGUAGCUUAACACACAGAUAUUGAGUUUUUUUUUUUUUUUUUUUUUUUUUUUUUUUUUUUUUUUUUGAAUCA